UCCUACUGACACCUCCCUCACCUACCGUGCCCCCCCCAAUCUGGUCGGCCGACGAAAAUCGAGGUGAAAGAAGGAGAUACCAGGCCACCAUUUUAAGACAGGAAGAGAGGGGGAGGCACCCUGACAUCUCUCAUCACUUGGGGGGCUAAUGUUUCGUUUGGGGGGCGUGUGACCCCCCCCCCUCACAGCUGCCAUUCAUGAUCGACAUUUAAAGGGGCCUUGAUCGGCCGGCUCGGGGGGUCCCCUUUUCCGUUUGUCUUUUUUUUAAAAUUUUUAAUGAAAGGAGCAUUCCCCCUUCUUUUUUUUUUUCUCCUUGUCAAGGGCCGCGGCCUACUUGUUUGUUUUGCCUCCUCCGGCGGCUCCGGUGUUUCCUGAGCUGCGAGGCCGGCCCGCGGGUGGCGGUGAGCGGUCAGAGUCGGGGAGGAGAGCUCGGUGCAGGCCGUGACUCGGAGGAGGGAAGAGUGUUGCCAUAGAGGCGGCUGGCAGCACGAGGAGGAGAAUGGGCUGUCUGGGGAACAGUAAGACGGAGGACCAGCGCAAUGAGGAGAAGCAGCAGCGGGAGGCCAACAAGAAGAUCGAGAAGCAGCUGCAGAAGGACAAGCAGGUGUACCGGGCCACGCACAGGCUACUGCUGCUAGGUGCUGGAGAAUCUGGGAAAAGCACAAUCGUGAAGCAAAUGAGAAUCCUUCAUGUGAAUGGAUUUAAUGCUGAUUCAGAGAAAAAGGUUAAAGUACAAGAUAUUAAGAAUAAUAUUAAAGAGGCUAUUGAGACCAUAGUUGCAGCAAUGUGCAACCUGUCGCCUCCAGUGGAGCUAGCAAAUCCAGACAACCAGUUCCGAAUCGAUUAUGUCACAAACUUACCGAGCGACAAAGAUUUUGACUUCCCGUUGGAGUUCUAUGAACAUACAAAAGCGCUCUGGCAAGAUGAAGGCGUGAAGGCCUGCUACGAGAGAUCGAACGAGUACCAGCUCAUUGACUGCGCACAGUAUUUUCUAGAUAAAAUCGACAUUGUGCAACAGAAUGACUACACACCCUCUGACCAGGACUUGCUACGGUGCAGAGUCCUGACAUCAGGAAUAUUUGAAACAAAGUUUCAAGUUGACAAAGUGAACUUUCACAUGUUUGAUGUCGGGGGUCAGCGUGAUGAGCGCAGAAAAUGGAUUCAGUGCUUUAAUGGUAAGUUAUCCAUCAUUCUGCUUUUGGCUCUGUCAGUUAAAAAUAUGGUGAUCCGAGAGGACAAUCAGACCAACAGACUCCAGGAAGCACUAAACCUCUUCAAAAGCAUCUGGAACAAUAGAUGGCUACGGACAAUUUCAGUCAUUCUCUUCUUGAAUAAACAAGAUCUCCUUGCUGAGAAGGUUUUGGCUGGGAAAUCGAAAAUCGAGGACUACUUUCCAGAGUUUGCUCGUUACACCACCCCAGAUGAUGCAAAUCCAGAGGCUGAGGAAGACCCCAGAGUCACAAGGGCCAAGUACUUUAUUAGAGAUGAGUUUCUUAGAAUCAGUACAGCAAGCGGAGACGGCCGGCACUACUGUUACCCUCACUUCACAUGUGCGGUGGACACGGAAAAUAUUCGAAGGGUUUUUAAUGAUUGUCGGGACAUUAUCCAAAGGAUGCACCUCCGUCAGUACGAACUGUUGUGAUGGAGAGAUUCGUCUAUAUAUUUUUUCCUUUUUUUUUUUCCUGGACUCUUAAUUCAAUUAAAAAAAGAAAUGAAACUGCAAAAAUCCCACAGAAAAACAAACAAAAAAAUCUAUAAAAAAAUAAAGGGGGCGGGGGAAACAAUUCACCCAUCAAGGGAGGGAAAAAAAAAACCUGCGUGCAAACUCCCUCUCCAGCUUGCACCUGUUUUUACUUGUUUCCUUGCUGCCGGACAAUUGUGGAACUGUUAGCUUGCUGCCCUUCACCCCCCUCGAUGCCCUGAAACAGCACGGGCUGGCGCCAAAUCUUCCCUUGACCUCUCCCCCCUUUACACCCCCUCUCCCUUUCAAAAUGCCAACAUUAAAUGCAGUGCGCGUGGAGGAUUUUGACUUAAUGUAAGGUAUACAAAUGCAGCUGGAAUUGAGGGACUGUAC